CCCCCGCGGCGCGGUGACGCAGCGACGCGGGGGCGUGGCGCGCGGGCGGCUCCCCCCAAGAUGGCGGAGCUGGAUCUCCUCGGUUCCAUCCUCAGCUCCAUGGAGCGGCCGCCCGCUGCCGCCGACGGGGAGGCGCGGCGCCGGGCGAGGGAACAAGCUGCUCGGGUGAAGAAGCUGCAGGAGCAGGAGAAGCGACAGAAGGUCGAGUUCAGGAAGAGGAUGGAGCAGGAGGUGUCCCAGUUCAUCCAGGCCAGCGGGGAGCCCCGGCGCCGCUUCCAGCCCAUGAACAAGAUCGAGAGGAGCAUUCUGCACGACGUGGCGGAGGUGGCCGGGCUGACAUCCUUCUCCUUUGGGGAUGACGAGGACAGUCGCUACGUCAUGGUCUUCAAGAAGGAGUUCGCGCCAUCAGACGAGGAGCUGGAGGCGUACCGGCGGGGGGAGGAGUGGGACCCCGCCCGGGCGGGGGAGCGGCGCCGCCUCCGGGAGCUGGCGGCCCAGCAGGAGGAGGCGGAGCUUGAGCGCGGCCCCGCCCCUCCUGGCCCCCCCAACGAUUACAAGGACAAAUACCGGCACCUGAUUGGCUCCGACGCUGCCAAAGCCGCUGCCCGCACCAUGGAGGCCAACAAGGCUUAUGGCUGUGUGCCGGUGGCCAACAAGCGGACACGCGCUCCAUCGAGGAGGCCUAUGAACGAGAUCCGGGCCAAGAAGCGGCUGCGGCAGGCGGAGGACGAGGGGGGGGCUGGGGGACCUCAGCAUAAGGGGCGGGGGGGGGCUACAUACGAGGGAGGCUCAUAA